UGCCGUACACUUCAAUGGGUAUCAAUAAAUUUUCAAACUUCAAUCGCUAUUUGUUCCAUUUUUUUUGUUCUGCUUUUGCUUUGGGCUUUUACACUGUGUCUAGGGUUUUGGUCGCCCAUGUCCAGCAUAUUAGUUUGAUAUUUUUGUGUUCAUUUGAAACACUUUCACAAUCAACAUCUUCUCCAGAGCUUCAUGGAUUGAGGUGGAUUGCUUCUCAUAAGCACAAAGUGUAGCUAAAAACAGAACAAUGGGAAGCCAAGAGCCUGUUAAGCACCUUGAGGAUUGCUCAGUUUCCAACGCGUUGGGCACUUGGGUAUUUUCAGUAGCUGGGGCUUUGCUAGCAAUUCCAGUAGGGAUAAAAAAGAAAUCUUUAGCGCCACUUGUGUUCUUUGGCACAACUGGUACCAUGCUUGAUAUUAUUAUGGGAAUCACUCAGUGUGAAAGAGAACAUGCAGAACGCCAAAAGCAGCUCUUAGAAGCCCAACAUUCUGCAACUGAUGCUUCUUUUGCUGAGACUGGAGCCGAGUCCUAGUCUUGUGCAUAUGGAGCAAUAGGCCGCAUUCUUGGCUGCUACCAUUUUCUCUUCAGAUUGCUUUGCUGUUAAAGCUAAAUCUCUUUCUGUAAUGAUGGCUCUUUGUUUCUGUUCUGAGCUUUCUUGUUUCAUGGGUUAAUAAUCACUCAGAAGUUGUUAAUUAUGAAUGAGUUCAUGCUAGAUCUCUCUCGGAUGAAACUUCCUUGUGAAAAUUGCAUUGAA